UAAUAAAAAUCUGUAUUUGAUUUUUUUAAUUUAAAUUCUUCUACGCAUUAUGAAAUUCUUGAGCUAUCUCUCUCAGCUCCAAAAGAAGAUCCUUAGCUUCAUUCCCUCAAAAUCUCACUUUCACCUUUUUUAUUUUUUAUUUUUUUAAUUUUUAAUUUUGAGGUUUUCUUUUUCUUUUUUUUGCAUGUAUUUGCUGCUGUAAUACAAAAGUAUAUUUUAAAUCCAUUUCCAGCUUUUGUUUUGCUGGUCUCACCUGCUGCUUGGCCCAUCUCAAGAGCUUGAAUAAAACCCGAGUUUUUGUAGCAUCUUCUUUCAUCUUUCUUGUGUGUGUGUGUUCUUCAUGCAAUUUUGGAGAUGCAGAACAAAUCCAAGUGACUAUGGAUUGUUUUGUAUGAUUUUGGGUGUUGAUAUUUUCAGUUUUUCAUCCUUUUUCACUAUCUAUCGUCUUUCUUUCUUUGUUUUUUGUUUUUUUGUUUUUAGUUAUCUUUUUUACUUUCUUUUUAUUGUCUUUUGCACCAGCCAAGCUCUGCUUGUCUUUUACCUAUUAUAUGGAUUUGCUUGCACUAUCUAAACUAUUGAAAUAAACCCAUUGCAGUUUUUUUUUAAUGGGUUUUUAGUCUAUAAGCUGGUUUUGGACUUUAUAGGAGAAUCUAAUUAGAGCUUUUACAUUGAGACUUUUUGGUUUUUUAUCUGCUUUUCAUGUUUUCUUGCACCAUCUUGAAGGACACUCAAUCUAAGGAGUCUCAUCUAUUCCAAGGUUGAUUUUUUUUGGACUUUUACUCUCUGUUGGGGUAAUCUGAAGACAUUGGUGGGUUCGCCUCUUCAAUCAAAGCUGAUCUACUUUCCCACUUCACUACUGAUUUGGGCUUCACAAUCUGGAGGUGUUUUGAAGUCUGAGAGGUGGAUCUGAGGGGAUGAUGGGGUGGUUUUCUGUGGUUUUUGGGGUGGUUUCCUGGUUUUGUUUGGUGGGCCCAGUGAGGAGUAUUGGUGCUAACUGGGGGACACAAACCAGCCACCCUCUCUCACAUGACAUAGUAGUGAGGCUGCUGAGGGAUAAUGGUUUUCAGAAGGUGAAGCUGUUUGAUGCAGAUUCAAGCACUUUGAGUGCCCUUGGAAAGUCUGGGAUUGAGGUGAUGGUGGGGAUCCCGAAUGACAUGCUGGCCACUCUUGCGGGCAGUAUGAAGGCAGCUGAGGAAUGGGUGUCGAAGAACGUCUCUGCACAUGUCUCCAACAAUGGCGUCAACAUCAGGUAUGUAGCUGUUGGAAAUGAGCCCUUCUUAGCAACCUACAAUGGAAGCUUCCUUAAGACAACCUUCCCAGCUCUUCAAAAUGUACAAGGAGCCCUCAUAAAAGCUGGUCUUAGUAGCCAGGUGAAGGUCACCAUCCCCCUCAAUGCCGAUGUCUAUGAGUCACCGAAUGGCCUCCCAUCCGGCGGUGACUUCCGUUCUGACAUACAUGACCUCAUGCUCACCAUCAUCAAGUUCCUCAGCGACAAUGCAGCCCCCUUUACUGUCAACAUCUACCCCUUCAUAAGCCUCUACCUUGACUCGGACUUCCCCACCAGCUAUGCCUUCUUUGAUGGCGCAUCAUCGCCCGUGAAUGAUGGUGGGACCAUCUACAACAAUGUGUUUGAUGCAAACCAUGACACCCUCGUAUGGGCACUACAAAAGAAUGGCUAUGGGAACUUACCCAUCAUCAUCGGGGAAAUCGGGUGGCCCACAGAUGGAGACAAGAAUGCAAACUUGAACUACGCGCAGCGAUUCAACCAAGGUUUCAUGACCCACAUCGCAACUGGGAAGGGGACCCCAAUGAGACCAGGGCCCGUUGAUGCCUACCUAUUUAGCUUGAUUGAUGAAGAUGAGAAGAGCAUUGCACCGGGGAACUUUGAACGGCAUUGGGGGUUAUUUUUCUACGACGGGAUGUCAAAGUAUCCGUUAAAUCUAGGAACAACAAACUCGGGGGCCUUAGUUUCAGCGAAGAAUGUACACUACUUGAGCUCAAGGUGGUGUGUGCUUUCACCAUCAGCGAGCAUGGACGACCCACAAGUGGCACCAAGCGUGCAGUAUGCUUGUGAGAAUGCUGAUUGCACCAGUCUUGGGUACGGGACAUCAUGCGUGGACUUGGACACACGCGGUAACAUCUCAUAUGCAUUUAAUAGUUACUAUCAGAAGUUUAAUCAGAUUGACACCGCAUGCAAGUUCCCAAACAUUUCAAUGGUAACAAGGACCGACCCCUCAACCGGAAAUUGCAGGUUUGGUAUCAUGAUUGAGCCAGCCAUUACCAGUGGUAGCUGUAGAUUCAGGUGUCCUGGAACAUCGGCCGCCGUUGCCUUGGUGGUAGCCUUGUUUCUCACUUUGUUCAUUAGUCCUAUGAAUUUUGAGCUCUUCUUUUUUGUUUUAAAAUUUUAUUAGAAUAUGCUGAUUAUGGAACUUGAGUGAGGGUUGUUCCAAUGGACUGAUACAUUUAUUCAUAUAAAUUCUCUCAACCAUCAAAUGGUAUUUUUAAUC